AUGAGUCACUCACCUAAUUUAAAAGCUCAACCAGCAAAAGGCAUCUUGAAGAAGCACAAGAAUCCCAAUGAACUUACACGAUUGCGUUGGGACGAAGCAAACCUCGAAUUAACAGAAUCUCAAAAAGAUUCCACAAUGAAAGUCGAUGAGCCAAAGACACCUUAUGUUCGAUACGAUGCAGAGAGUGAUCAAGUAUUGAAUUUAGACCAAAUCCCUGAGAUCCCAUAUGGUGCAGGCUCUGCUCGCGCUGAACCCGAAGAAUUUAUGCUCGAUGGAGGUAUGGAAUCAGACAAAUCCAGUGUCGCUAGCAGUGGAGAGAAAUCGCGCAGAAGAGUCUCAGUGAGUGAUGAUGAUUGGGAUAUGGAUGAAAAUGAAAAGACCGAGGAAGAGGAAGAAGAGGCCAAGAAGAAGCACGAAGAGUUUCUUCGUAAACGUGCCAAUCACUAUCAUAUGGGCGCUGCUUUACGCCAUCAAGAUGAUGAUGAGGAAGAAGACGAAUCCAGCCGAACAGCAUCCGCAGCAGCACCACCACCAUUGCCUAACCACGACACAGUCAUGAAGGACUGA